UUCUCAGCGCACGACAUUGUAUGUCAAAGCAAAGAUGGCGUUGAUUCAUGUUGUGUCAGGUGUUUAAAAUUUCUUAAAAUUAUAUCGAAGUAUGACAUUGGAUUGUGGUCGUGACACUUCAGUUAGUUAUUUAAAUCGUUUUUAGUUUUGUGAAAGAUCGUCAAUUGAAGAAAAAGUAAAGGCAUCUGUCAAGAGUCACGUGUAAUACUGUCCGAUAGUGGUAUUUUGCACUUAACCUUAGCCUUUACUUGGUAUUGUACGAUCGUCUUCAAAUUUCGUAAAAAUUAUUUGGAAAAAACGUCGAUGGUGUAUUUUUUCUUAGAGAAGAAAUCAAAAUUUUUUAUCAAUCGUUUUCCUGGCAAUACUAAUGGUAUUCUUUUAUAUCGUAUGAUAAAAGAAAGGUUUAAAACGAAUCCGUAAAGUUAAAGUUCGAAUUAUGCGCUUUUAAAGUGUGUUUACGAAAUAUUAGAUCUUUUCUGAGUUGCCAAAAAUAUUUAUUUGGAUGCUGGUAAAAUUUACACCUGGCUGAAAUGCCCAGGAUAAAAACCAAACAAGCAAGUAGCCUUUGGUUAAGGCAACGCGAAUUGGGUGUACAGUUCUCUUUGGGACAUGCUGAUCACUUUCAUAAAACUCUUUAUUCCUCUAUACAACCGGUAACUUCUUGGGAUCAUGCGUUGUCUGCAGCCGCUGCCCAUGGUGGAGUUUUUAAUCUUGAAUAUUCCCCAGAUGGCUCUCUUUUGUUGGCGGCAUGCGAGAAGAAAAGUAUUUUAAUGUUUGAUCCUCUGAGGAGAAGCUUGAUCCAUGCGAUUGAUAAUGCUCAUAACGAUUGUGUUAAUUGUGUUAGGUUUUUGGAUCAACGUAUGUUUGCAACAUGUUCAGAUGAUAGUACGGUAGCUCUUUGGGAUGCUAGAAACUUAAAGAAUAGAAUAAGAACUCUUCAAGGUCAUUCGAAUUGGGUGAAGAAUAUAGAGUAUAGUCCCAAAGAUAAUUUAUUACUAACCAGUGGUUUUGAUGGUAGUAUAUAUACUUGGGAUAUUAAUAGUUUCACAGAAAAUAGUAUUCUUUAUACGCGUGUGUUCCAUACAAAUGGACUGAUGCGAACUAGACUUAGUCCAGAUGCCAAUAAAAUGUUAAUAAGUACUACUUCUGGAUACCUCAUCAUUAUACACAACCUUAAGUUAAGCACUUUAACUCAGGACUUGGCAGGAUUUAGACCAAAUAUGUAUCGGUUAAUGCAAUCAUCUCAAACUACGAUACCAAAUGUGGCAAGUUUCACGCAUCUCUUUUCCCAUUCUCGUACACAUAACCGAGUAGAAUUUUUAACCGAUUUCCCUGUUGGCGAUGAUGCUGAGAUAAUAUCAAGUUUGCAAGUGCACCCUCAUGGAUGGUGUGCUUUGUCUAGGAAUGUCAGUAACGGAGAAAAAUCUGAGUGGACUUGUAUUCAUGAUAUACAAGAGCGUGAUGUAUCCAGCACAGCGGAUCAGGCGAAAGAAGGAGAGGAGACAGCACCGCAGUUUAACGAAGUGCCCGUAGAAGAGUUCGAGGAUUUUCAACAACCUCAACCUUCUCGCUCGGGUAUAACAUCUUCCUUUUUAAUAGAAAGUCCAAACAACCGCGUUAGAGUAGUUCAUACUACGUCCGAUACGAGAUCAAACGCGGCUGGAUUUUCAGAUAACGCGCAAUCAGCUAGAUCCCCGAGAAAUAAUUGGCAGUCAGUGUCUCGUAGAGCGUCACGGUCGCAAUCGAGGAAUUCGCGUUUGGACAGAAAUGCGACAAGAGCGAAUUUCGGCUCGAUUGAAGUUAGUUCUAGUUCAAGCUCGUCUGAUUCUCGUGUAAACACGGAUAGAGACAAUAGACAGGGGGAUAGGUACAUAUACGCCGCUGACAUUUAUGCGGCUGAUGAGAGCAUACUGGAAGAAGGUUCUGGUGAUCAAGAAAGAGAGUCAGGACAGGAAUACAGGCCGAGACCAAAUGUUCACCUUAACUACUUAAGACCACGCAAUAUAAUCGAAAAUUUUCCUAGCGGUAAUAUAGAGUUACAUGUAAGUACGACUGACGUAUGGGAAGCACACGUAGCAAUUAGGGAAGCUCGGCUUAGAAGGGAGAGGGAUUGGCUUUCUAGAUCGAGUAACAAUACUGUCGUUAUUAUCGGUGAUAGAAUUAGGGUUCAGAAUCGAAAUAGGCAAGGCCAGCAAACAAUGUACGCUAUUCCGCGAAAUCGCAUGAUCCAUCAAAAUACACCUAGAUUAACGCAUUACAUAGAGGAACCUAACGUUGGUUCCGGUUAUAUAAAAGAAUUAUGUUUCUCUGCCGAUGGCCGACUAAUAUGUUCACCGUUUGGUUACGGAGUUCGUUUGCUAGGAUUUUCUGAAAAUUGUUCGGAAUUAUCUAACUGUGUUCCUCCCUACAACGAGUCUAUACAGUUGAACGAAAUAGCGAUAAACUCUAGUCACUCUGGCAUCGUAGUCUGUACAAAAUUUUCUCCAAGGCAUUGUUUGCUCGUGUCAGGCUGUCUUAGUGGAAGAAUCGUUUGGCAUCAACCAGUAGUUUAGUAAAAUUAAUGUCAACUCUUCACUAUAGUCUGCCUAGAGAACGUCUUGAUGAGAUAUAUUACUUGCCUAUAUUUUCUUCUUUUUAUUUUUCACUUUUUGUUUUCUUUCUUUUUAAUGAGGUGAAUAUCGGGAAAUACGAAGAUUUUUUUAAAUAUACAGUUUUUGAUACAUUUUAUUUUUUAGCGUGUUUUGUUAUAGAUAUGAGGUUAGGAGGUUAGGAAACCCUUUGUGGCCGAGGAGUAUUGGCGCGCGCAGUUGAGAAAAUAUACACGUUGAACAUUUGCGUUGUUCAUUGUUGAGGCUUGUAUUUUCUUUAAUAUUUAGUUCAUCAUCACUGUUACUAUCGCUAGAAAUAUUGAAACGUUUGAGUCGUUGAACGAAGUUCGUUUCCGUUGUCUAAAGCUCUGUCGUCGUCUUCUAUCUUAUCAGAUUUAAAAUAAUAUUCAUCAUUACUACUAUUACUAUCGAACAUGUCCUUUCCUAUACAUGCCUUUUAGGCAUCGUAUAUAAGAUACUAUAAACAAUAUAUAAAAUAUAAAAAAAGCUAGCUGAUUCGCCUGGUAAUGCCAUUGAAAUCUGAAAUUCGUUGUAACUCGACCAUCAUCCUACAUCGUGAGUUUACGUUAAACGGAAAAUAGGAUUUCUAAAGAUCUAUAAUUUUCUUUCAUUAAAAACAUAGUACUGUUUUUGUACUGCAAUACGCAUGCGUAAAUACGCAUAAGAUUAUGCGUAUAAAAAAAAAUAGACGUACGCCAGAAAUCUCAAAAUAAGUGUCUGGAACUGUGAACAAAUUCGGGUAACUAUAUGCCGAUAUGCGCCCACAACGGUAAAAAGACUUGGGUAGCUAUUUGCCGACACUCGUCCGCAAAGGGUUUCAAGCUAAUUAUUUGCACGUAGCGCUUUUUACUCAAAACGCGAUAAACGUGGUCAAAUAUGAGUUAUUUUAUAUUGGAAUUAUCUCUCGCUAGUGAUUUAAAAAGAAAACAGUCAUGACGUUAUUUUAAGUACCGUUCAAUAAAAUCAAUUAAUUCAUCUUGUAUAUUUAGAAAACUGAUUACUGAAACAUAGUAUUUUUACUAACAGACGUAUAUUUCUAUUGAAAAAUUUUAAUAUCUUAAUAAGUCUACGGCAGAGUACUUUUCGUAUUAUAUCGCCAGAGAAAACGUAGGAGCAAGAAUGCAGAAAACAUUCCAUCAACUGAUCUGUAUAUUACACACUUUCGUAGAAUAUUGGCGAUUGCAUUGCCAUUUGCAACUGAAUAUACAUUUUGCAUUUGUACGUCUUGUUUGGCAAUAAUCGAAGGAAUGAUUGCGGUUUGCGAUCAAUUUCUGAAUCAUUGGCAAUAGUGAUCUAGGAUCUAAGGACAGGAAAAGAGGUAAUAUGUACCAUAGAAUGAAAUUAUUGUGCAAGAAAAUCAACCUCGCUAAAAUACGUAAAUACAACGCUGAAUAUGUAACGUUGGCGUUACCGUUAGUAUUAAAUUAUUUAGCUGCGUAUUGCGUGACUAUUAAUAAGUACCCGAAAUUUCAACUAAUCAUGAGAUAAUUAUUAAAAUUGGUGUUGCUGUUUACCGAGAGAAACGAUGCCUUCUCUCGACUGUCGUCGAAACGAAAACCACGCUGUUAAUCAACACGACUUCAAUUCUGAAUAAACAACUCGAUCAAUUUUCAAGUUGAAUAAUGUAGAAAAACAAAGAAAAGAAAUGGCGUUGCUCGUAACUUCAAAGCGAACGCGAAUAUACGGAUUGUACUAAUGAACAAAUAUUUGUAAUUUAUUUGAGCCAUGUCUUUGACUAUAUAUUCAUAUACGAAGUUUAAGCGUAUUUAGAUCGAUUGUAGAAUCGAAAUGGAUAUCGCUUUUAUCGUAAACUCUGUGUUCCAUGGAACAUCUUAUGCUCGUACUGUUAAGUAGAAAACAAAUCGUGUACCAUAUGUAAAUACAUUGUCAAUUUAGGUAAAUAAUAACAAUAUAAAUGUAAUAACCAAAUACGAUAUGGUUUAUGUUCGUAAGCGUCGUAUUACUUUUAAGGUUAGAGUGAAUGAAACUAAUGUUUGGAAGAAGCAGUCUGUAAAUGCUCGAAAUCGUGAAGUUCGUCAAUUUUGGUAAGUUAGAUAUAUCUGUAGUCAUAUUCAUGUUUCUACGAGAAAAUUUCAAUUCGUUGAACAAAAAGUGGAACAUAUAAUAUAAAUUAUAAUAUAAGUAUAAAUUGAAAUAUAAUUCGACAUAGAAUCAAAUGGAUAUGUACAUGAAAUUAAGGGUUAUAUUAAUUUCAACAAAACAAUGUUAGAAAUUAUUCACUCGUUAGUUUCUUUCGAAUUUUAUGGAAAUUAUUCACUAGUUUCUUUCGAGUUUUGCCCGCGAAUUGUACGAUAAACGGGGCAAAUUAUUUCGCGUGCCAUUGAUGGUUACUUAAAUUGGAUGUGGAUUUUUGAUGAUAUGCAGACUGUGAGUGCAAAUGCAGGUUUCUCAACAAUCUUCCCUUUCAUCGGAAAAACGUGCAAAUUGUAUUUUUGCUUAUCGCGUAUCCACUUGACGAUUAUUUUCGAAUAAUCCGACUGAUCGUGGCCUGCACGCUCUUUAUACAUAUUAUAACUAUACGAUCGUGUAUAAUUGUUAAUGUGCUCAUUGUUUUUGUAAGAUUUGUUUGUUUUCUUUUUCUAUAUAAUAAAAUGUUGCUUAAUGUCUUUCGUC